AUGACUUACUCUGGAAAGUCCCGCACGUCUGCUGCUAACUGGCGCGCCGAAGCCAGGCCUCUGAGCCCACGUCCCAAUGCUGCGACACCAAGCUCUCGUGCCAAUGCUGCGACACCCAGCCAACGUCCAAAUGCUGCGACACCCGCGGCCGAACGUCCGUCUUGGGUCACCGCUUCGCUGAAGAAACUCGAUUCAGAUCCCGAAUGGCAUUACUGCUCAGCCGAGAUAGCCAUGCCACAGCCAAGGCGCGUGAUUCGACCUCCAUCCGUGCAAGCGAUUGAUGGAGCCAGCGCGGCCCCUGAACAAGCCCCUGAUCAGCACCAUGUGCCUUUCGCGAUGAUGCGCGCGGAUAGCCAGGAUGAAUACGCAGCUUACAGAAUUUACUCUUACGAGGAACAAGGCCAAUCCUAA